AUGGCCGCCACAUUCGCUCCAUUCUUCUUCAACCUCGCCCAUUUCUUGAAAACCACCCCUACUACUGGUGGAUCCCAACACACCGGACGACCAAGCAACCAAGAACUCAUCAACAAAGUAAUGCAGUCCAACUUGCUAGGGCUCUAUCGCAACAUCCGGCAACUUUCCAUCUGCUACAAAAUGGAUAAUCAUGAUAUAGAACAGUUUCUCCGUGGUCGCGUCCCUUGCUAUCCAAGCAUGGAUUUCGUCUGCGCGAUUAACCUUGACCUUAAUGAAGUCACCAAGCUUUAUACAGAUGCCAACAGCCCUUACAAGUACGACGAUGCUAUUGAACAACGAAGAUAUGACAGGGCUGUCUACGAGAGUUGGCUUCUCUCUUUAUCUGUCGGGGAGCAUGAUCGCCUCAUUCAAGGACUUCUUAAGGUUCCGGCAUACAUUACUCGUCCCAAUGGACCCUCUAUCUACGCCGAGGAGGCUUAA